AUGUCUUUUGCUCUUUCUAGGUCCUAUUGGGUAGGUGACAUCAGCUGGACACAUAAUAGUCUUUUUCUGGCUUGUGUGUUAAAACGUGGCUCCCUGCUUUUAUUGACUUGCCUAGGGGAAUUGCUAACAUUAGUCACGUGUGGUUGCUCUAUAGAAUUUGGGCCAGCAGAAUUUAUACCUCUUCAUCCACUAAUAACAUACAGACCACAGCAGUUUACAUUUCAAGACUCAAAUUAUUCUGUAGAUUCAGCAGCUUCUGAUAGUGACUCUCUGAGACAGAGAUUUUCUGUAAAAGCACACUCACGUUUACCCUACCUCAUUGUUUCUGAUGGAUACAUGGUCACAACCCUUCGAUUUCUUGACAACCUGUCUCCAUCAGUGCUCAUGAGAGAGCUGCUACUUGAUUCAACUCAGAGACUUGAGAAAAUGUACCAGAGUGUGAUGUCAUCUAAGUCAAGAGGCAAAGGGCUGAACCUGCGCUCCCUGGAUUCCCUCAGGUCUAGCUUGUUAAAGCACCAAGGAAAUGAAACAUCAGCUGAUUGUACUCUGCCUGGAUUCUUGCAGGCAGAAGAAACAAUGAAGCUAAAUGAAAAAGCAGCAGAUUUUCAGGAUUUUGAAGCAACUAAAGAAGGCAAACAAUUUCCAAACAACUCAUUUCCUUUUUAUAACCAAAAAAGUAAUCCACUCUUCAGCAUUGUCAGUGAAGGAAGAUUGGAAUUUGCAUCAAUGUUUGAUACAAUACACGCAAAGGAUGAUAUGAAAGAGACAGAUGGAACCAUUACAGAGGUGCAUUCUAUCCAGAAAAACCUACUUGCAGCAUGGACUAUAGGAAUUUCAAAAAACGUGACAGAAAAAAAUUUAAUGUUAAAUUACACUGUAGUUUGUAUCACUCAUUUUUUCCACAUUCUUCAAUUUAUUAAAUGUCCUUUCCCCAAACUUGAUCUUUUUUUAAGCAAGAGCCCAAAAUUUAAUGCAUGGGUACUUUGUAUCUUUCAACUUUUCCACCAGUGUUUAUCCAUCCACUAUUGGGAUACAAGAUAUAAACAAGAUGUAGGACAUUUGAUAAAGCUGACCUCAAAUACUAUAAAGCUUUUGCUGACUCAGCAACAAAAGGCUCGGUUAUUCUCAGAGAAACUUCUAGUCUGUUUUUAUUUACUCAGAAUGGUAGCUGACAAAUUAAAUGACAUAUACAGUCUUCAUCCUUCAUCAGCCGAUGGAAGGAGGACAGCAGAUCAAGACUUAUUUGUGGUACCUAUUUUUCAAAUAUUCAGAGACAGUGGUUCUCAGGAAAACUGGUCUUUGGACUCAUCUUUCAAGAUUCAUCCUCAAGUGACAAAUCUUGUUCAAAAGCCAGAUCACAGAUUGAUUGCUCUCUGGAGAAUAUUGUACAAAAAAACUUCAUGGUAUCAAACACAGUUAAGUCGAAGAAUUCCUGAAGAUGACAGACAGCUAACUGAAAAGAUGAUACAUGAAGCCUCUACUGUGAAGUUACUGUUAUGUCACAUGCAAGCUCACUUACAGACUUCUGGAGAUCGCUUGAACCAAGCCUUAGAACUUGCACCCAUCCAUGGUGAAGAAUGUUUUCUGUUAGGAUCAUAUGAAAAGUCUGUUAAACUCUGGAAGAAGGCUCUACAAGAAACCGAAGAGAAAGGAGGAAGAAGGACAUGUUUUUUUCAGAUACGUUAUUAUCUUUCUCUCUUAUACUGCUACCUCUAUAGUUAUAAUUUAAAUGACGCUCAAGGAUUAUGUGAUAAGCUAGUAAGAGAAAUACUGAUUUGGUCCCAGUUACCUGUAAAGGAAAAUGAAGAUUGUUCAGAUCCUGAGAGGCCUCAUUGUGAAUUUACAGUGACUGGAGAUGUCCAUCCCGAGGCUGCAGUAAGAGUUGUCCAGUCCAUGGCUCGUUUCAUGGCCGCCUAUUUCACCAAUCAACUGCUUUGCAUUUUGCCACCUCAUAGUGUGAAUGUUCUUCCUCCAGUUCAUAUUAAAACAGAGCAAUCCCUUCGACUCAUUCCUCUGCAGCACUCUAAGGUGGCCAGUGUGGUUAGAAAUCAAAAUCUCUCAAAUGUGUGGACCGUUGAAUAUGCCCUUGAGUUAUUACUUAUUGGUGGGCUGAUCCCAGAGGCCGUGUGGAUGGCACACAAACUUGGAGACUGGAAGACAUCCCUUUCGAUUGGGUUGGCCUUCCAACUGUUCUGUAAAGGUGAUAGAAGUUCCAGGAGGUCUAGGAAGAGGAGAGUGACUAUACCAUUAAAUAUGACCCCAGCACAGAUUUUCCAGGAAAAACUGCAGUGUUUUUUAGGUCAGCCAGCCUCUCCAGAAGGAAGAAAUGAUGUGGGCUCAAAAUAUAACCAGUUUUCAGAUUCUAUCGAAGAGGAAGAUGCUAACCUGCUCUUUGGAUCAGUGCAAGAAGUGCUGAAAGCUGCAGUCAUGGCUGAUGCAGAUAUUCUUUCAGAGACGCUUCAACUUCUGAUGGACUCUGCCAAGGACUUUGUUAAGAGACUGUGGGGCUUAGUGCCCGACAGCCUGUAUCUUCCAGCUCCUCCACUGUAUUGUCCCCAGCCAGCUAUUCUAAGUGAAGAACAUGGAGAUGAUCUUCUUUUAAAAGCUGAAAAAGAUAAUCGCCAAAUGGUGUCUGGAAUCCUUCAGCGUGUUCUCUUGCUUUUCCGGGCAGCUCGGUGUUCUUUUCCUGCAGCACAGUGGUACAUCUUACAGUUGAGGUGGACAAGAAAAGUCAUGCAGAAGAUUCGAUUGAAAGGGUCACUUCCUUUAUUGAGUCCUUUCCCUGAUUCCUUACUUAAUUACUGUAAAGGAGGUGUGGCAUUCUUUAGACCUGGAGCAGCUGGGGACCACAAGCUUGAUGAAGUUUCCAUUAGAGCAAUAGGGUGCUUCCGAGAACUUUGUGCUUUGUGCUGGAUGCUGCAUGUCCGUGAUAAGUUAUCCUACACUUGCAGACAGUAUCAGAAAGCAAGAGAAAAUGCGAAGGGAGAGAAGGGCCUUGAAGUGGAAUUUGAUUCUUGUAUGGUUGAGCACUGUCUCAGUGCAGUGGAAUGGGCCUAUCGAAUGUUACCUUUCUCUCGGUUUUUUAAUAUUGAAGAACUUAUUCAAGAUAUAAUUUUGAGUCUUAUUGAAGGACUACCACCAAUCAGAAAGGUAGCAGAAAUUUUUGUGACAGCAUUUCCCAAUCCUGAGGACAUACGGGUUCCUUUAAGAGAAAAAUACCACUCUCUUCAACAGAGACUUGGACACUGUGUUGUGAAAGAUCCACCAAAACUAGGGUUCCAGUUCAAGGAGCAGAACACAAAGUCAGACUCUAUGGAAGAUCCUUUGCUGCAGAUACUGCUGCAGAAUGUUCCUGCAGCUCACCCCACACCAAGCCCUGCAGCUUGCGGGAUGCAGCAUCUCACUGCUAAGCUUCAGAAAAUUGACGAGCAGCUGUUAGCAGUACAGACCAUUGCGGAAAACAUAGAACAGGACUUCCCCAGCUCUGAAAUUCUUAAUCUACAUUAUGAAAAGGUUGGACAGGUGGAUCACAUUGAAUUGUCAUCUGGCCCUGAAAUUGAAAACCCAUUAACUUCAAAAAAUAUCAGUAUUUCUGAAGAAGUGCAUUUCCUGACUCCUAUGGAUGAGGAAGAUCAAAAUGCUAAAGAGGAGACUUCAGAAACUGAAUUUUCCGUAACAGAAAAUCAUUCUAGUCAGCAAACACGUGUGAUUGCUUCCGCUGAUUCAGCCCUUAGCCUCUCCAGUGACUGGAAUAUUAUUUCUGGUGUGAAUAACAGUGAUGAAUUACUGGAGAGUGUUUCAGUAGAUCCACUCCAGAUGACUGGAUUGACUGAUAUUGCUGACAUUAUUGAUGACCUUAUAACUGAAGGUGGAGUUUCCAGUGAAGAGCUUGGCUUAACCGAACAUCAAGCAAGGAGUAUUUCUAGCAUUCAGCGUUCUUCUGGCAGGCAUCCACAAAGAACUGAGAAGGAGAAAAGAGAAAUUAGAGUCUGGAUGAAAAGAAAGCGAAAAGAAAGAAUGGCAGAGUAUUUACAUCAGCUGGCAAAAAGGAGGGGUCAGGAGCAUGAUCCUUUCUGCCCCAGAAGCAGUCCAUUUUACAUGACUUCAAAGGAAAUCCGGCUGAGACAAAAGACAAAGCAUGAGAAAGAUAGAUUGCUGCUCUCUGACCACUAUAGUCGUCGAAUCUCGCAAGCAUACAGUCUGAUGAAUGAACUGCUAUCUGAGUCAGUACAGUUACCAGCGCCCACACAGAAACCACUGCCUAACACGCCCAAUAUUGCUCAGCACUCCAGACGGCAACAAUGCCCUUCUCCCAGGAGGGAGAAUCCUCACGGGCACAGUUUUCCAGUCAAUCGACCUGGAAGAGUCAGACAUAUGUCCAAACCAAGUCAUAUCCACAAGGGGAAACCUUUCUGGCAGCCACAACCGUCACCUCGGCCACACGGUUCUAAUACUCCGUGUAAUAGUCUACACCAUAGGAAAAACCAUGUAAGUACUGGGCUUGCUCCUCACGCUGAGUUGUGUAUAGAGUAUGAGAGAGAGGAGACUGUGGUGAGCCCCUGGACAUUACCUUCAGAAAUCCAAAGGAUUCUUCAUGAGAGUCACAAUUCCCUCCUCCAGGACUUGUCACCGGCCGAAGAGGAAGAGGCUGAUCCUAGUCCUGUUAUGGGUGGCAUAGACAGCGUCUCUGAGAGCACCGGCAGCAUCCUCAGCAAGCUUGAUUGGAACGCCAUUGAAGACAUGGUGGCCAGCAUGGAGGACAAGAGCCUGUGUGUCCACUGGGCCCUGGGCCUGUGAGAGGUGAAUAGCAUUCUCUUUGCAAGCACUGGCCAGGCCUCAUUGAUUUGGUUCUAAAAGACUCUACGGGUUUCAGGGAGAGAAGCAAUGAAGGAAAGUGAUGUAUUUACCAGCCACAGCUGUAGUAUUACCUGGACUGCCAUUCGGAGAAGAGCAACAAAUAUUCUCAGUAAUUUUGCCUUCAUAGGGAGAGGCUGCUUAACUAGUUAUGUGUUACGUUUUUGCAUGUGACGCAUUUUCACUCAUAAUUUAAAAAACGAUACAUACCCUUCAAGCCAAGUUUUAAUG